AUGUCGUCAUUAGAUAACGUUGCCAAAUGCAGUGAUCUCAGCUCGGUGUCGCCGGAAGAUCAACCUAUCUGCUGCCCGGAUUGUCGAGAUGUCUUUUGGGUUGAUGGAGAAACACCGGUACAAUCGAGUCGAGAUCGUGGUAAGUUGGUCUGCGAUACGAAGGGAUUGAAUAUCCGCUUUAAAAAGAUGUGGCAGCGACGACAGCUACCGGAUCCUAAUUAUUUUAGUAGCUACGAGAAGUUAGCGAUCGAGAUGAUACGGAACUGGGAACCGACAAAAGGGAAACGCGCGCUUCUUUGUGGCGUAACAUAUAAUAAGCAAAAGUAUAAACUUAAGGGAACUAACUAUGAUGUGAAUAGCAUGCGGGAAUUGCUAAUUUCGCGCUUUCAGUUUCCUAGCACGUCGAUACGCACUCUUGCAGAAACGGACUCGCACCUGCUUCCAACGAAACGGAACAUCCAAGAAGCGUUACGAUGGUUGGUGAAGGACAACCAGAAAGGGGACUCACUGGUGUUCUAUUUUUCAGGGCAUGGCUUAAGGCAGCCUGAUUUCUUUGACGAUGAGCGUGAUGGGUUCGACGAAACGAUAUGUCCUCUAGAUUUCAAAACGGCGGGAAUGAUCAUUGAUAAUGAAAUCAACGAAACCAUUGUUAGACCGCUCGUGAAAGGCGUCAAACUGCACGCCAUCAUCGAUGCUUGUCACAGUGGAACGAUUCUCGAUCUACCAUUAGUCUUUAACACAAAAAAGAACGAAUGGUCAGAUAACAGCCCACCGUCGGGUGUUUACAAAGGUACUAGUGGCGGGCACGCCAUUUCUAUAAGCGCUUGUGAAGAUAAUCAACUUGCAGCGGAUACAUCCGCUUUCUCAAAGCAAAUGGAAGGUGCAAUGACUUACACUCUUAGGAAAGCAGUUGAGGGGAACAGACGAGUGACUUAUGCUAGUCUUUUGGCUUCGAUGCAUAAAGACAUUUUGGCAGCUAAGGCUACACGGUUCUGUCUCCGGAGACUCUGUCACCGCGAACGACAACAGGAACCCCUAAUAUCGUCGUCCAAAGUGUUUGACUUAAACGAGGUGUUUGUGCUAUAACGCUACCACACCAAGGAGCUCUCGACGAAUUGAUAUCGAAAACGUGCUUCCGGAAAGGGGACAUGAAGUGUGAUAUUUUUAGAUACAUGACGGACGUCCGCAGUGGGAUGUAUCAUUUUGCGUGGGAUCUUGGUUUAAUUUUAUGUUUGUUUGCAACUAGUUAUCGUGUCAUGUGCAUUUGUUUCAGAUGUAGCAGUAGCGCACCAAAGGAAUGAAU